AUGUCCGCUGAAGAAGCUGUUGCCCCCGCCGUCGUCGCUGACGCUGCUGCCCCCGCCCCUGCUGAGGGUGCCCGCAAGCCCAGAACCCCCAAGGUCAAGGCCCCCCAGGUCCCCAAGGUCAACAAGAUGGCCCCUAAGGCCGCCAAGAAGGAAGCCGCCUCGACCGGUGCCGUCCAGAUCGGUAUCGAGUACAAGAAGGAUGUUGACUUCCCCAAGUGGUACCAGCAGGUCGUUACCCGCUCUGAGAUGCUCGAGUACUACGAUGUCAGUGGAUGCUACAUCUUGAGACCCUGGUCUUACAAGAUCUGGCAGGAGAUCCAGCAAUGGUUCGACAACGAGAUUCAGGAGUUGGGCGUUGAGAACUCGUACUUCCCCAUGUUCGUCCCUGCCAAGAACUUGGAGAAGGAGAAGGACCACGUCGAGGGCUUCGCCGCUGAGGUCGCCUGGGUUACUAAGGCUGGAAGCACCGACUUGGAGGAGCCUUUGGCGGUUCGCCCCACCUCGGAGACUGUCAUGUACCCCUACUACGCCAAGUGGGUUCGCUCGCACAGAGAUCUCCCCCUCCGUUUGAACCAGUGGUGCAACGUUGUCCGUUGGGAGUUCAAGAACCCCCAGCCCUUCUUGCGUACCCGUGAGUUCUUGUGGCAGGAGGGUCACACUGCCUUUGCCACCAAGGCUGAGGCCGACGCUGAGGUUUACCAGAUCUUGGACCUCUACCGCCAGGUCUACGAGGAUCUCCUUGCCGUCCCCGUCAUCAAGGGAAUCAAGUCUGAGAAGGAGAAGUUUGCAGGAGGAUUGUACACUACCACCAUUGAGGGUUACAUCCCCACGACUGGACGUGGUAUCCAGGCCGCCACCUCCCACUGCUUGGGACAGAACUUUGCCAAGAUGUUUGGUAUCUCCUUUGAGGAUCCCCAGGGACCCCUCCCCUCCGGUGAGGCCAGACCUGCCUGCCACGCUUGGCAGAACUCAUGGGGUUUGACCACCCGCUCGUUGGGUGUCAUGAUCAUGGUCCACGGAGAUGACAAGGGUCUUGUCUUGCCUCCUCGUGUUGCCUCUGUCCAGGUUGUUGUCAUCCCCUGCGGUGUCAACUCCAAGACCUCGGACGAGGACAAGGCCGCUGUCGAUGAGCGUGUUGCCGAUAUUGCCAAGCAGCUCAAGAAGGCCGGUAUCCGCGCCAAGGUCGAUGACCGCACCACCUACUCUGUCGGUUACAAGUUCAACCACUGGGAGCUUCGCGGUGUCCCCGUCCGUCUUGAGGUCGGCCCCAAGGAUGUCAAGUCCAACCAGGCCCUUGCUGCCCGUCGUGACAACGGCGAGAAAUCGACCAUUUCGCACGAGACCCUCGCCAAGGAUGUCCGUGAGCUCUUGGAUACCGUCCAGGCUGACAUGUUCACCCGUGCCAAGGAGACCCGUGAUGCCAAUGUGAUCAAGGUCGAGGACUGGAACGACUUUGUCCCUGCUUUGGAUAGCAAGAAGUUCUGCUUGAUCCCCUGGUGCGAGGAGAUUGCUUGCGAGGAUGAGAUCAAGGAGAAGUCUGCCCGCGCUGGAUUGGCCACUGAGGAGGCUCAGGAUGAUAAAGCUCCCUCGAUGGGCGCCAAGUCCCUCUGCAUUCCCCUCGAGCAGCCCCAGGACAAGCCUAUUAUUGCUGGCGAGACCAAGUGCACCUCCUGCGGCAAGGAUGCCAAGCGCUGGGCCCUUUUCGGACGCUCCUACUAA